AUGACACCACUGGUAAGCAAGAAGAUGGACCAAUUUCUGGUUGUGAUUGUGCCAAAUCCGAGCUGAGCCAGCUGCCACUGAGCUGUUGAGUACUGUCAGGUGCUCUCUGGAUGUGUGAAACUGAUUCUUCCCAGCAAAAGCAAAGCCAAGCCAGGAGGAUGGAUUUUUUUUGUCAGACACACAGAAUCUGCUCACCCUCUGCAGGAUGCUCCCCAGGAGAGCCGGCCCGUCAACAACGAGGACAGAGAGAUGUCCCAGCACGCCCUUCCCAGUGGUGAGGAUGAUGAGGAUGACAGUGACAGCGACAGCGAUGACGAUGACGUGAAGGUCACAAUUGGCAACAUCAAGACGGGAGCGCCGUCCUACAUGGGAACUCCUAUGAAUCUAAACUUAAAAACGGGUAGAGGCUAUGGAGCAUCAGCUUCAGCCAAGUUGCAGCCCAAAGGUAUUGACUUGGAUGCCGCAGGGAAUAUUAAUGGAUUGCCUGUGAUAGAAGUGGAUUUGGAUUCAUUUGAAGACAAACCGUGGAGGAAACCAGGUGCUGAUCUUUCUGAUUACUUUAAUUAUGGAUUCAAUGAAGAAACAUGGAAAGCUUAUUGUGAAAAGCAGCGGCGGCUUCAGCUGGGGCUGGACCCUGCUCCUCCCAUCAGCACUGAGAACAAGAUCACGGUUCAGCAGGGAAGAACAGGAAAUGCUGAAAAAGAAGUAGAAAACAACAUCAUCAAAACAGAGUUCAAAACAGACUUCUUGGCUCUGGUGGGAGGACGAAUGAAGGCUGGGCCUCCUCCCAACAGGAAGCUGGGUGGGACCAUUGAUGUGAUCGGGGGCCAGGCAGGCACGAUCCGCAGGGUGGAAGGGAGACGUCGGGAUAAACACGCCACGGAGGAAAACCCCAUUCAGGUCCUGGGAGACCACGGCAGCAAGCCCCAGCCCCCCCAGCAGCCCCAGCAGCCCUCGCAGCCCCAGCAGCCUCCUCAGCAGCAGCCGUUCGCUCCACCAGCAGGGCCUCCGCCUCCCCCGCUCGCCGGGCCUCCUCCUCCGCAUUUCCUGCACCCUCCUCCUCCAGUGACUUCUGUUCCACCUCCCCUGCAUCCUCCAGGCCUGCCACCUCCAGGUCCAAUUCCAGGGUUGUUCCCACCACCUCUGGCACCACCACCAGCCCUCCUCAUCCCAACCUUGGAUGGGCAGCCAGCCAGCUACAACAACAGGCAGCCACCUCCCUUUGGCUACAACUCUGCAGAUUCAGGUUUCAUCAGCUACCCCCCCAUCUCCACGUCCCACACGCCCUGGGUGACCACGGUGGACAAGGGCACGAGCAGCUCCAGCAGCAGCCACUGGGAAUACUCGGGCUCCAGGCGCGAGAGGGAGCGUGAGCGAGAGCGCGAACGGGAGAGGGAGCGAGACCGAGACCGCGACCGCACCCCGACCACCAGUGAAUACAACAAUGAUGAUGAGCGGUACCGCUACUACAGCCGCGAGCGCAGCUACGACUUCGAGCGCGAUUACCGGCGCAGCCGCGACCGCAGCCGCGAGCGCGAGGAGCGGCACCGCGAGCGCCGCCACCGCGACAAGGACGACGGCAGCAAACACAAAUCCUCCCGCAGGAAGCAGCACGAGAGCGAGGAGGGGGAGAGCCACCGGCGCCACAAGCACAAAAAGAACAAGCGGAGCAAGGAGGAGAAGGAGGCCAGCGAGGACGGAGCCCAGGAGGGCGAGGAGCAGGACACCAAGGAGUGAGGGAGGCCCCCAUCAGCCCUCGGCAGGAACUCACUCCCGUGGAACCAGCAUGGCUUUGGUGAUAUUUUGCUUGGGGGGUGAUUUUUUUUUAUUAUUAUUUUUUACUUUUUUCCAAGGGAAGAGGCUGACUGGGCGAGCCGUGGCACAGCCGGCAGCGCUUCCGGAGCUGAGGCUGCACGUGCCCUUAAACUUCCUUUUUUUGUUUGUUUUUGAUACAAGACAAUACAGCAGUACUAGUUACAAAGCACUGAGCUACUCAUCCACAUCCCUAGGGAGAACUUUGGUGUAUCAGAUCCUAUGGUUUCUGAUGGAAGAUGGCUUCAGCUGAAACUAACGCAAUUAGGUCGUAGUUCUUGGUUCUUUUUGUCAUCAUCAUUCCUUUUUGAGAACUAGGACAGUAAGUGCAACUUGAAAUUUAUUGUCCAAAGAACAGCGUGGCUUAGAUCCCAGCAGCCAGCUUAGAGUCUGGCGUCCAGUAGUGACAAGUCUCAUCCCCGAAUAAAUUUCUUUCUAGCUACAAAAACAGCUUCUGAUUUCUCCGUGGCCAGCUGGGCGUGUCAGGAGGAGCUGCAGGAUCUGCUCCAGGUGGGCACAGGGGCCUGCCUGGAUGUGACAGCUUCCAGAAGCUGCUGAGGGCGUUCACACAGCGUGUGCAGAGACUCCAAAACUGGCUUUUUUUAUCCAUUGCAAAGGUAGUUCUGUCACAUUGCACCUCUACGUGGGGAAUCAAUGAAGAUCCAUAGCAAGAGCAUGAAUUUCUCUUUAAUUCCUUUUGACUUAACUAUUUUAUUUCCUUUUUUUACUAAGAGUUGACUGAAUAACCUAGAGUGCAGUAGAGAACACCAAGUCCCAGUUAGCAGUUUGCCCUCGUGGGGUUGGCAUUUCUAUUUGGGUAUCACCAACACUCCUGUCCAAUGCAUUCCUUUCCCUUAGAUUCCAAAAUAAAUUUAGUCAAAUUCCAAAGUUUCUUUGGACUUAGUAUUGGUUGGGGAAAGGCAACAGAGAUGUUUCUGGGUGGGAAGAACAGGGGAAAUAAUUUUGAGGGGUUUGGGUCUGUCUGGUCCUUAGGAUCUACCCUUCUGUUCAUGUGACUCCACAAAUGUCUCAUUUUCCUUUGACUUGUUAUUUAAAACUGUCUGAAAUAUUUGUCCUAAAAUAAUACGGUUCUGAAAUGUUCUGUAUUUUUUGGUAUUGUAA